CUUACAAGUGUUCUUUAUUCAUCCACAAGUCACAUGUUUUCUGUUGCCCAAAACCUAGACUGGCACGGAACAACAAGCAUCCACUGCUAUUCAACUUUCUGGGCAAAUCGAGACAAGACUAAGGUUUGUUCUGACUAAACAGCAAUAAUCCACAUACAGUAGCAGUUAAAGAGUUACUCACCUCCUUAAGGGUGUAAGAGGAAGUUAAUGGUUCAGUUUAACACUUUUUAUUUCCCUUUCUCAGACACUCGGCAGGUCAGAGAGUCUUCGACAUAUUUAGAGUUCCCCUCCUAAGGACAUAAAGACAUAUUAUCUCAUGGUAAGACAAAUAUUUCUUUAAGCCUUUAUGUUUCUAAGAGGAAUGUAUUAUGCUAUGGCACUGAUAUCCUGUCUACUGGUAAAAUAUUGAUAAAAUGUAAAAAAAAAAAAAAACUAACAAACAAAAACAUGUUCAUCCUUUCUGACUCAUGCAGGACUGCUCAUCACUGCUGUUGCUCUUGUUACUCAAAUUAAUCGGCGUCCUUUUCCAAGUGAUACCAGGGUCUCUGACUCAGAGGGUGUCUCAUACACCAAGCAGAUUGUGUGCUCUUCAUCACACGUCUGUUGUGUUACCCUGCAAAUACACCUACCCCAGCGGUCAAAUGGUCACCAGUUCUGCAUGGCAUUAUAGGAGGUCAAAAGGCACAGCGAUUGAAAGACAGUUCAGCUUCAUGACCAGCGACUCAACCACUGAUCUGACAAAUGAAGAUGGAGUUACGCUGGAGAUAACAGAUCUCCAGGUGGACAUGGAGCCAACGUUGGACAUGGUGUUGGAGGGAGACUGGGUGUUGUUGACCUGUGGCUCCUGCAUUCCUUCCCUCACUGUUCCCAUCUACACCUGGUACAAAGAUGGACGUCAGUUCAAGCAAAAGCGUGCAGACUAUCAGCUGGAGCUAACAAACAUUAAAGUGGAGGAUGAAGGCAGCUACCAGUGCUCCAUCAGUGGCCAUGAAGGCCUGCUCUCCUCAGCUGUGAACUUCACUGUUAAAUAUCGUCCAAAGAAUGUCUCAGUGUCCAUCAGCUCCUCUGGUGAAAUAGUGGAGGGCAGUUCAGUGACUCUGACCUGCAGCAGUGAUGCUAACCCACCUGUGGAGAACUACACCUGGUUUAAGGGGACGACAUCAGUAGGAAAAGAAAAGACCUACAACAUCUCCAAGAUCAGAUCUGAGGACAGUGGAGAGUACAAGUGCAAGUGCAGUAAUGAAGUCGGACAUCAGUACUCCAUCAGUGUAACUCUGAAUGUUCUGUAUCCUCCAAAGAACGUCUCAGUGUCCAUCAGCUCAUCUGGUGAAAUAGUGGAGGGCAGUUCAGUGACUCUGACCUGCAGCAGUGAUGCUAACCCACCUGUGGAGAACUACACCUGGUUUAAGGGGACAACAUCAGUAGGAAAAGGAAAUACCUACACCAUCUCCAAGAUCAGAUCUGAGGACAGUAGACAGUACAAGUGCAAGUGCAGUAAUGAAGUCGGACAUCAGGACUCAAUCAGUGUAACUCUGAAUGUUCUGUAUCCUCCAAAGAACGUCUCAGUGUCCAUCAGCUCCUCUGGUGAAAUAGUGGAGGGCAGUUCAGUGACUCUGACCUGCAGCAGUGAUGCUAACCCACCUGUGGAGAACUACACCUGGUUUAAGGGGACGACAUCAGUAGGAAAAGAAAAGACCUAUACCAUCUCCAAGAUCAGAUCUGAGGAGAGUGGAGAGUACAAGUGCAAGUGCAGUAAUGAAGUCGGACAUCAGUACUCCACCAGUGUAACUCUGAAUGUUCUGUAUCCUCCAAAGAACGUCUCAGUGUCCCUCAGCUCCUCUGGUGAAAAAGUGGAGGGCAGUUCAGUGACUCUGACCUGCAGCAGUGAUGCUAACCCACCUGUGGAGAUCUACACCUGGUUUAAGGGGACAACAUCAGUAGGAAAAGAAAAGACCUACACCAUCUCCAAGAUCAGAUCUGAGGACAGUGGGGAGUACAAGUGCAAGUGCAGUAAUGAAGUCGGAUAUCAGUACUCCAUCAGUGUAACUCUGAAUGUUCUGUAUCCUCCAAAGAACGUCUUAGUGUCCAUCAGCUCCUCUGGUGAAAUAGUGGCGGGCAGUUCAGUGACUCUGACCUGCAGCAGUGAUGCUAACCCACCUGUGGAGAACUACACCUGGUUUAAGGUGAAUGAAUCAUCACCUGUAGGAUCUGGACAGAGUUACGGAGUUCUACAGAGUGGACAGUACUACUGCGAGGCUCCGAAUCAACACGGCUCUGAGAGAUCAGCUGCAGUGUCCGUCACUUUAAACGGUGGCUCUGUAACUGUGUAUGUGGCUGUUGGAGUUGGACUUUUUGGGCUUGUAGCUCUUCUCUCUGUACUCUUCUGGCUGAGAAACAAGAGACAGAAGAAACAGAAAGAAGAACAUGGCUGCCAGAACGUCGGGCCGAGCGCUAAAGACGACACGUACGCAGCUCUCAACCUCGCGGGCCGGACAUCUGAUGAUGUGUAUCACACACUUGCAAUCGCUAAGCCAAGCCCUGCUGCUGACACGCCCACAUCCUCUGACUAUGAGAAUAUGGCUGUGUGUUUUACCCUUUUAAACUCGAAUGCAACAACAGAUUAAAGAGUAAACUGAUGCUAAUACUGGACUUUAAGUGAAGGUCUCACUGGAAGAUGUGAGUGGAACGGGGUUAUCUUGCAUUGUGUGAGAUGUUGCCUUGAAAAUACAGAAAAUUGCUCAAUAAAAAAAAGAAAGAAAAAAAAAAACAUUGCUCAAUAAAAAUGCUAUUUGAUAUUAAGCCGUCAGUCAUGUGUUGUGUGUGUAUAAUAGCACAUUGAAUGGCUAGAAUGGCAUUAAAUAGAUGUUUAGACCGGUCUCAGGAUGAUGUGAGCCAAAUUUGAU